AUGGCGACUUCAAUGGAUGACAUAAAUAAAAAUAUUGUCAUAUUAGGUGCAACAGGAAAUACUGGGUUACAACUUGUUGAACAAGCAUUAGCACGUAAUUAUAAAGUAACUGCACCUGUACGAAGUCCAGAGAAAUUAGCACAUCUUGUACAUAAAAAUCUCGAAGUAAUUAAAUGUGAUUUAAUGAAUCCAUUGGAAUUAACUAAACAUUUAGAAGGGCGUGUUGCUGUUUUAUCAGCACUUGGUCAACCUGGACUUCAAAUGUGGGCAAUGACUUUUUAUGAAGAUUCAAUGAAAUCAAUUGUAACUGCAAUGCGUAGUGCAAAUGUUAAACGAUUAAUAUGUAUAACAGCAUUUUAUACAAAAUAUCAACCUGAAAAAUAUCCAUUUAAAUUUAGACUUAUUAUUCGUCCAAUGAUUGGACGUCAUCUUGAUUCAAUGUAUAUAAUGGAACAAUUUCUUGAAAAUGAAUGUCAAGAUAUUGAUUAUACUAUUGUUCGACCACCACGUUUACUUGAUGAACAUAUUAUUGAAAAGGAAGUUAAAGUUAAUGAAAACGAAUAUUUUUUUCCUGAUCAAUCAACAGCUAAUCGAAUACCAAGAGCUAAUGUAGCUCGUUUUAUGUUGGAUAUAUUAAAACAUGAAAAAUAUAUUCGACAAGCUGUUGCUGUUGAUAUGUCGAAUGGAUGA